AUGGCGGAGGGCUGGGACGAUGGGGACGCGGACAACGUCCUUGACGACCUGCUGGCUGAGGAUGACCUGGAGUUCCUACCGGAGUCCCCCACCGGGGGAGAAGCGGAGGAGAAAAAGGACAAGGAGGCGGGAGCGGGAGCCAAUGAUGCCAAAGGCAGCACAUCUCUAGAAGCAGCCGUUCCCGAUGAGCCACAAGCACAAGUGGCAGCGCUGCCACCUGAAGAGGCAAAACCUUGCAACGAAGGUCCCAGCUGCAAGGAGAAUGCAGGUGGUGUAUCUGCCACUGGUCAGCCGACGAGGGUACCAGCUUCCUUGCCACACCCACAAGAGGAAGAGGUCCACAGCAGGACAGGCAUCAUCCGGUACUUCAUAAUGAAGAGCAUCACCAGCGCGAACAUUGAAAAAUCCAUGGAGCACGGGGUGUGGUCCACACAGGCGCACAACGAAAACAAACUCAACCAUGCCUUUCAGGAGUCAGACGAAGUCCGUCUCAUUUUCUCUGUCAACCAGAGCGGCCACUUCCAGGGCUACGCCCGGAUGGCGUCCCCGAUAGGCCGAGGGCCCAAGUCCAACCUGUGGGUGGGGUCUUCUUGGGGCUGCCUGUUCCAGGUGGACUGGCAGUGCCGCUACGACCUGUCCUUCUACAAGGUGGAGCACUUGGUGAAUCCGCUGAAUGAGGGCAAGCCCGUGAAAAUAGCCAAAGAUGGUCAGGAGGUGUCACGCGAUGUCGGCGACAAGCUAGUGAAGAUGAUGGAAGACGGGGCCAGGCAGUCCGGAGGGAACCCGCUGCGAUCGGAGGGCCACAGGCCGAUUCACUGGUGGCCAGGACAGGGCGGUUACAAACAAAGGCCAGGGCCUAGGAUGGGGCAAAUGGGUCCGGGAAGUGAUCAGCCAAGGGAAUGGAGACAUAACCAAGUGCAGCCGGGAGUUGACGCAUCGAUGCAAGCGCCUGCGAAUGGACAUGAGGCCGACAGCCUGGCUGUUGCAUCGCGUGCAAGGGUGAGGAGCAGGUCAUGUGAGAGCUCCCAUGGGCCGGGGAGCCCCAAGCGGCCUCGCAGGUCUACACAGGGCUCACCCGGUGGCAUGGGGAGCCACGGUUCGGUGAGGGAACCUGCGGGCCAUGGCGACCCUUCCCCUGGCAGGGGGUCCUUGCAGCCUGAGGGGAGCGCUCCUCAUGUGUUCGACCUGACAUACGAUCAGUAUUUGGACUACUACUGCAGGGUGCAGAGCAGGAUUUCGGAACUGUACAGCAGCGGGCAGCUGUUUGAGGGCAGCAGAAGGGGUUCCAGGCAUGAGGUGGAAGGCAAUGGGCAUUUCUCCAGGUCCUCGGCCACGCAUGUCAGUCCGAGCUUUGGCAAUGGAAGGCCUGGCCCCAGCGCCAUGUCUGAGGAACA